GGCAAGAAGACAGUGGUCGAACGUGUCCAAAGACCCUCAAAAACGUCUAGCAAGUGCGAACGUGUCACAACAUGCAAAGUUACGUGUACCUUUCCUUAAUUCAGCCUCUCCAUUUCCCAUGCCAUAUAAAUUUCCACAACUAGAUAGAGCUGAAACUCCCAAGUAGUGAAAACUAGAUAGGGUAAAUCAAGAAGAAAAAGAUGGCUCAGAUGACAAUAGACCAACUAGGCGAGAAAGUGGGGGAUUUUGGGCUGUUAAGUGGUCACAGGAUUCCUGCUAUUGGUUUGGGCACUUGGAGAGCUCAUAAUGCCAGGGACGAUGUUUUUACUGCUAUUGUUAAGGCUGGCUACAGGCAUGUCGACACAGCGGCAGAGUACGGAGUCCAAGAUGAGGUUGGUCGUGGAAUCCAGGCGGCUAUACAGGCAGGACUUGAGAGAUCAGCUUUGUUUGUGACAUCUAAACUAUGGUGUACUGAUUUAUCACCAGAGAGAGUUCGACCCGCAUUGAUGAAGACACUCAAUGAACUGCAACAGGAUUAUCUUGAUCUCUACCUGAUCCAUUGGCCCUUCCGUCUAAAGGACGGAGCGAGCAGACCUCCCAAAGCAGGGGAGGUGUCCGACUUUGACUAUGAAGGCGUUUGGAGAGAAAUGGAGAAGUUAGUGACAGACAAACUAGUACGAGAUAUUGGAGUAUGUAAUUUCACAGUCAGAAAACUUAAUAAGCUCUUAGAUAUUGCCCAGAUAGUGCCUUCUGUAUGCCAGAUGGAGAUGCACCCUGGAUGGAGAAAUGACAAGGUGUUGGAGGCUUGCAAGAAGAAUAAAAUCCACGUCACAGCAUAUUCACCUCUAGGUUCACGAGAAGUUGAUCUUGUCCAUCAUCCGAUAGUGGAGAGGGUAGCAGGAAAGCUAAAUAAAACCCCAGGGCAGGUGCUUGGGAGGUGGGCUUUACAAAGAGGAACAAGUACAAUUCCUAAAUCCGAUCAUUCUGAAAGAAUCAAAGAGAACAUUAAAGUGUUCUCAUGGGAAAUUCCAGAGCUAGAUUUCAAAGCUAUCUCUGAUAUCCCAGAUCAGAUGCGAGUACUAGAUGGGGAAGAGUUGUUCGUCAACAAGACUGAUGGGCCUUUCAGAAGCGUUGCAGAUAUUUGGGACCACGAAGUUAAGUUUUCCUUUAGUUUACAACUGCGUUCUUGUAAUAUAUAUAUUUCUCCCUCUAAUAAAUUAUUGAGUCCUCUUUUGUUGAAGAAACUGGUGCUCUUUAUUGGGACCAUGUUUGAAAGGAAGUAGAGUUGUAAUUGAAGUUUUUGUAAUUGACUAGAGGGCCUAUGC